GUCAAGAGCGUGAGGCUGUGAUCUUGGGGGCUUGGUUGGCAGGGGCGGAGAGAGGAGGCGUGCAAAACUUGUCCCACAGGACCCUCAGACUGUCUCCAAAUACAACCUCCGCGUGACAGGAAUAAGGAGCCUCCAAGGCCAUGGCCUCCGUAGGAGCGACCCCAGGCAGGACGCCGCAGGGACCGGGACCCAGGGAGGCCUCGGCCAGCUUCCCCAGCCCGGCCCCAGUGCCGGAGCCCCGGGAGGCCGAGGAGGAGGACGAGGAGGAGCCCGCGGAGAUUCAUCUGUGUGUGCUGUGGAGCUCAGGGUACCUGGGCAUUGCCUACUAUGACACUAGUGACUCCACCAUCUACUUUAUGCCAGAUGCCCCAGACCACGAGAGCCUCCAGCUGCUCCAGAGAGUUCUGGAUGAAAUCGAUCCCCAGUCUGUUGUCACGAGCGCCAAACAGGAUGAGAAUAUGACUCGGUUUCUGGGGAAGCUUGCCUCCCAAGAGCACAGAGAGCCUAAGAGACCUGAAAUCAUACUUUUGCCAAGUGUGGAUUUUGGCCUGGAGAUAAGCAAACAGCGCCUCCUUUCUGGAAACUACUCCUUCAUACCAGACUCCAUGACCGCCACUGAGAAAAUCCUCUUCCUCUCCUCCAUCAUCCCCUUUGACUGCCUCCUCACGGUUCGAGCACUUGGAGGGCUGCUGAAGUUCUUGGGUCGAAGAAGAAUCGGGGUUGAACUGGAAGACUAUAACGUCAGCAUCCCCAUCCUAGGCUUUAAGAAAUUUGCGUUGACACAUCUGGUGAGCAUAGAUCAAGACACUUACAGUGUUCUGCAGAUAUUUAAGAGUGAGCCUCACCCCUCAGUGUACAAAGUGGCCAGUGGACUCAAGGAGGGGCUCAGCCUCUUUGGAAUCCUCAACAGAUGCCGCUGUAAGUGGGGAGAGAAACUGCUCAGCCUCUCCCGCCGCAGAGCACAGGCUCCAGAUGCGCAGGCCCAGUGGCCACGGCCCAUGGGCCCAGCCGCUCCGCGGCACGUGGGAUCCUCCCGGACCGGGGCACAAACCCGUGUCCCCUGCAUGGCAGGCGGACUCCCAACCACUGCGCCACCAGGGAAGCCCCGGCUAUGGUUCACACGUCCAACCCAGGACCUGGAGGAACUAAAUUCCCGUCUGGAUGUCAUUCAGUUUUUCCUGUUACCCCAGAAUCUGGACAUGGCUCAGAUGCUGCAUCGAUUGCUGGGUCACAUCAAGAACGUGCCUCUGAUUCUUAAACGCAUGAAGUUGUCCCACACCAAGGUCAGUGACUGGCAGGUUCUCUACAAGACAGUGUACAGUGCCCUGGGCCUGAGGGAUGCUUGCCGCUCCCUGCCCCAGUCCAUUCAGCUCUUUCGGGACAUUGCCCAAGAGUUCUCUGAUGACCUACACCACAUUGCCAGCCUCAUUGGGAAAGUGGUGGACUUUGAGGGCAGUCUUGCUGAAAAUCGCUUCACAGUCCUCCCCAACAUAGAUCCUGAAAUUGAUGAGAAAAAACGAAGGCUGACAGGACUUCCCAGUUUCCUCACUGAGGUGGCUCGGAAGGAGCUGGAGAAUCUGGACCCCCGUAUUCCUUCAUGCAGUGUCAUCUACAUCCCUCUGGUGAGGGCAGGAGGAUUGGCUUCCUUCUUUGCAUUCCCCGCCUGCCUUCCAUGGUGGAGACCAGUGACUUCGAGAUUGAGGGUCUGGACUUCAUGUUCCUCUCAGAGGAGAAGCUUCACUAUCGUAGUGCUCGAACCAAGGAGCUGGAUGCAUUGCUGGGGGACCUGCACUGCGACAUCCGGGGUGAGGAGAAGCGAGUGGCUGGAGCGGAGCGGGCAGCAUGGAGAUGAUUCUGAUAGGCUCCUUUCCUUCCUGCCAUUGCUCUCUCUUUCUCUCUCUCUCUUUCUCUCUCUGACUCUGUCUUUUCUGAAUGUCUCUGGGUAUUUCAGAUGGUAUCUGCAAGCCUGUUUCUGGGUCCCUCUGCUGGCCUCUUUGUCUCUCCUUCACUUUCCCCUGGAGCUGACCCCCAGCUCCCUCCCUUACCUGCCCCCAGACCAGGAAACCCUGCUGAUGUACCAGCUGCAGUGUCAGGUGCUGGCACGGGCAGCUGUCUUGACCCAGGUGUUGGACCUCGCCUCCCGCCUGGACGUCCUCUUGGCUCUUGCCAGUGCCGCCCGGGACUAUGGCUACUCAAGGCCCCGUUACUCCCCACGGCUCCUUGGGGUACGAAUCCAGAAUGGCAGGCAUCCUCUGAUGGAGCUCUGUGCCCGAACCUUCGUGCCCAACUCCGCAGAAUGCGGGGGGUACAAAGGGAGGGUCAAAGUCAUCACUGGACCCAACUCCUCAGGGAAGAGCAUAUACCUCAAACAGGUAGGCUUGAUCACAUUCAUGGCCCUGGUGGGCAGCUUUGUGCCAGCAGAGGAAGCCGAAAUCGGGGCAGUAGAUGCCAUCUUCACCCGAAUCCAUAGCUGUGAAUCCAUCUCCCUUGGCCUCUCUACCUUCAUGAUCGACCUCAACCAGCAGGUGGCGAAAGCAGUGAACAAUGCCACCGAGCGGUCGCUGGUCCUUAUUGAUGAAUUCGGAAAGGGAACCAACACGGUGGAUGGUCUCGCGCUUCUAGCGGCCGUGAUCCGACACUGGCUGGCGCUUGGGCCCACGUGCCCCCACAUCUUCGUGGCCACCAACUUUCUGAGCCUCAUUCAGCUACAGCUGCUGCCACAGGGGCCCCUCGUGCAGUAUUUGACCAUGGAGACCUGUGAAGAUGGGAAUGACCUUGUCUUCUUCUAUCAGGUUUGCGAAGGUGUUGCCAAUGCCAGCCAUGCCUCCCACACAGCUGCCCAGGCUGGGCUUCCUGAGAAGCUCGUUGCUCGUGGCAAGGAGGUCUCAGACUUGAUCUGCAGUGGAAAGCCCAUCAAGCCUGUCAAGGAGCUGCUAAAGGAGAAACAAAUGGAAAAUUGCCAGAUGUUAGUAGACAAGUUUCUGAAACUGGAUUUGGAAGAUCCCAGUCUGGACCUGGACAUUUUCAUGAGACAGGAAGUGCUGCCUGCUGCCGCCACCAUCCUCUGAGAGUCUUCCCUGGGCUCUCCUCCACAUC